AUGAAUACGGAAUGGGAAGAGGAGGAAGACGACCCAACUUAUAAGGGGGAAUCCACAGUGUUUAGCAGACUUCCUCCGGAACACGAAGCAUACAAACCAACCAAGCGCGCGGGGUACAACCCCAAAGCAGAGCAUGAUUACACCUUGAGCUAUCGUCCUGAGGACAUGGCUGAAAAUUCAAAGUUUAUCCGAGAAAUCGCAUGCGCGGCCAUCGACAAAACGAAGUUACCGCACAACGUGGGCAAAUACAACGGGCUGACGGACCCGGACGAUCACCUCCAGGUGUUUAAAGGCGCAGGAGCAACAGGCGGUUGGAACUUACCAACAUGGUGCCACCUGUUCGCUCAGACAUUCGUUGGCGCAGCGCGCAUCUGGUUCGACAACUUACCAGCUGGCAAAAUCAAAUCAUGGGUCGACUUCCGAGAGAAGUUCCUAGCACACUUCUCUCAGCAGCGAAGACAAGCCAGAGACCCAGGUGACUGUUUGAACAUAUGGAGAAAAGACUACGAAAGCGUAGAAGAUUUCAUUACGAGGUACAACAAAGAAUGCUUAGAGAUUGGAGACAUACCAGAAAAGAUGAUGCGCGCGCACUUCAUGCGCGCGGUCAAGUGCGACGACCUGGUGAAACGAAUCAAAGGACGAGAUGGGGGACCCAAAGAUUGGGAAACUUUCAUUGAAGCAGCCAAGACUAUUGCGCAGACAGACAGGCAGCUGACCGGUGAUGAUCACCGUCAGCGCGUGCAUAAUCACAAUGACCGAAGCAACAGAAGGGGCAGAAACCAACCCUGGAAGGCAUCCGCACACAGAGAAAGGAGCCCUCCACGGGAAGACGCACGCCAUACUAUCAACCAGAUAGCCCAUCGAAAAGAAGUUAAGCGAGAAAACAGAGAAAAACAGUGGACCCCACUGACUAAAACACCCUCCGAGGUUCUGGCUACAGAAAAUCACCACCUAAAGCAAGAAAUCGAAAGAGCUCUAAGAGACGGAAAGCUCAGUCACUUAGUCAAGGGAGGAAAGCGCGAUUACCGCCAGAUACAACGAAGAGACGAAGGUCCAGACAACAAGAAGCUCAGAAAGCUAGAAACUCAUAUGGUGCAAGGAGGUCCACGGCGACCAAGAAAAAACUACAACAAGCGCGCGCAGGAUGAUUCAUGGCGUGAGAAGCAAGUGGUUUUCCCAGUUGUCAGGGGAGGCCCGAGAGAAAAGCGGCCAAUAGUUAUCCCAGGGGUGAUCGGCCACUACCAAACAGAUUACAUCUUCAUUGAUCCCGAGAGCACCGCGGACAUCAUAUAUGAACAAUGCUUCAAUCAAUUUGACCAAGAGGAUAAGGCGCGCCUAGAACCAGUCGAUUACCCACUAACUGGUUUCUGCAACGAGGCCGUCUUUCCCCUAGGACAAAUAUCAUUCCCAGUAUUGCUUUCUGACGGGAGAAAUUCAAGAACCGAAGAAGUCACACUUAUGGUACUACCGGCACAUUCAAGACAUGACAUCCUCCUAGGAAGAGAAUCCCAAGGAGAUUUCAGCAUGAUCUGUUCCGCACCACAUUCUGCCAUAGGUUUUCCAACCGAAACAGGCAUCGCGUUGAUAUACGCAAGCAAAGAAGUGCUAGCAACAGAUGAAAUCAGACCGACAAAAGCAAGCAAACAGGCACCGCGCAUAGAAGCAGAGAAAUGGGUAUUGAACAGCGCAUACCCAGAACAAACAGUCACCCUGGGCCCAGCCAUGUCUGAUCUAACCCGCGAGGCGCUAAAAAAAUUACUACAAGAAAACAUGGACGUGUUCGCCUGGACUCCGGCCGAUAUGGUUGGCGUUCCACGGCACAUCGCAGAACACCGACUAAAUGUCUCAGAAGAUGCAAAGCCAGUAGUGCAUGCUAAACGACACCUGGGGGAUAUCAAACAUGAUGCAAUGAAAGAACAAGUAUUGGAACUGCUAAACGCAGGUAUCAUCAGGGAAGUCCGAUACCAAACAUGGGUAGCAAGCCCAGUAAUGGUAAAGAAACCGAAUGGCAGUUGGCGAAUGUGUGUCGAUUAUAAGGAUCUGAACAAAGCAUGCCCACGUGACUGCUACGCUUUACCAGAUAUAGAUGAAAAAAUCGAUUCUUUGGCAACAUUCCGGUGGAAAUGUUUCUUAGAUUGCUACAAAGGGUAUCACCAGGUUCAAAUGGCCGUUCAAGAUGAAGAUAAAACCGCAUUCCGCACGCCAACGGGGCUGUAUUGUUAUACCAAAAUGCCGUUCGGCUUAAAAAAUGCAGGCGCAACGUACCAAAGGUUGAUGAACGAAACAUUCAGUGACGCCAUCGGUAAGUACAUCGAAGUGUACAUGGAUGAUCUGGUAAUCAUGAGCAAGGAGGAGAGCGCGAUGCUGGCAAAUAUCCAGAAGACCUUCAACACACUGCGAAGCGUAAGCAUCAAACUGAAUCCAGCAAAGUGCUCAUUCGGAAUGGAAGAGGGAAAGUUUCUGGGCUUCAUAGUCACUAAAGAUGGUUUUAAGGUGAACCCGGAGAAGGUCCAAGCCAUAGACAGGAUGCCUUCACCAGCAAACGUCAAAGACAUGCAAAAGCUUGCAGGACGACUGGCAGCACUCAAUCGUUUCCUCGCCAACCACGCGGCAAAAUCCUUCCCAUUCAUCAAGACCUUGCGCAACUGCAUGAAGAAAAACCAGUUCCAAUGGACUCCGGAAUCAGAAAAUGCGUUCCGCGAGAUGAAAGACUGUCUCAUCAAGUUACCAACUUUAACAGCACCAAACAAAGGAGAACCUUUGGUCCUCUACCUCUCAGCUUCCGACAAGGCAGUCGGAGCCGUACUGCUUGUUGAUCGUCAAGGUGUCCAGACACCUGUGUAUUAUGUGUCUCGAACCCUGACUGACCCAGAAACCAGAUACGCAAUCAUGGAAAAGCUCGUCCUCGCACUGAUUCACGCCUCAAGAAGGCUGCGCAGAUAUUUCGCCAACCACGUCAUUCACGUGCUAACAAACUACAAUAUUGGAAAUAUCCUAGCAAGGCCAGAAGUGUCAGGAAGGUUGGCCAAAUGGGCAAUAGAGCUGGGGGGACAUAACGUAGUUUUCAGACCACGACCGUCAAUCAAAGGCCAAGUUUUGGCAGACUUCAUGACGGAGGUCCCAGAUGACAAAGACAGAGAGUGUAAAGCGAUGGAGAAAGCCGAGAAAAAGCAAACCGAAGAACCAUGGCUGCUGUACACAGAUGGUGCAUCCAACGAAGAUGGGGCAGGCGCAGGGCUAAGGCUAGUAAGCCCCGACAAACAUGAGUUCACAUACGCCAUACGCCUAGACUUCAAGAGCACAAACAAUGAAGCAGAGUACGAAGCCUUUCUGGCCGGCUUGCGUUUGGCAAUCAAAAUGGGGGUCCGACACAUCGAAGCACAUGUGGACCCCAUGUUAGUAGCAGGCCAAAUCAACGGCCAGUACGAAGCCAAGGGCGACAUAAUGGCACUCUAUCUCAACCAAGCAAAAACGUUGUUACAAACUUUCUAUUCCUACAAGGUGCAUCACAUAAACCGCAUCGAAAACAAGCCGGCAGAUGCAUUAAGCAAGCUUGCGUCGACAAGUUUCCAGCACUUAGCAAAGGAUGUGCGCAUAGAAGUUUUGAGCAACCCAUCUGUUCCACUCAGAGAAGUCAGCGUCAUCCAAACAGGAACCACGUCCUGGAUGACACCCAUAAUCAUGUACUUACAGUCCGGGAUACUUCCAGAAAAUAAAGUUGAGGCGCGGAAAAUCCAAUACAAAUCAGAACAUUAUCAGAUGGCAGACGGGAUACUGUAUCGAAAGUCAUAUCUCGGCCCACUGCUAAGAUGUGUUGAUGCCGACGACGCAAAUUAUCUGAUCCGGGAAGUACAUGAAGGCAUUUGUGGUAUCCAUGCCGGGCCGCGGAUGGUAGUGGCAAAAGUAAUGAAUGCCGGAUACUACUGGCCCGGGAUGCACCUCGACGCCGUGAAAGAGUUGAGGAAAUGCAGUGGCUGCCAAAGGCACGCACCAAAAACCAUGCGGCCCAAAAACGAGCUGGUACCAGUAACAACCGCAUGGCCUUUUCAGCAAUGGGGCAUAGACAUGGUGGGCCCCUUUCCAGAAGCUCCGGGGGCAGUUAAGUUCAUCAUAGUCGCGGUCGAUUACUUCACCAAGUGGGUAGAAGCAAAGGCACUCGCAUCAACCACGUCGGCAGUCGUUAAACGCUUCAUAUGGGAACAAAUCAUAUGCCGGUUCGGCCUACCACUCAGAAUCAUCACCGACAAUGGAACAAACUUUGCAGCAGAUGAUCUCGAACGAUGGUUCAAGGAACUAAACAUUGAACAUACCUUCUCGUCGGUUGCACAUCCGCAAGGGAAUGGUCAAGUUGAAGCGGUCAACAAGAGCAUCGUCGAUGGCAUCAAAGCAAGGCUCGGUGAAAAAAGGCGUGGGUGGGUCGAUGAACUACCCAGCAUAUUGUGGGCCCAUAGAACAAUGCCAAAAACAAGCAAUGGAGAAACACCUUUCAGCUUGGUCUAUGGGUCCGAGGCUGUGAUCCCAGCAGAGAUUAGGCUUCCAUCUACAAGAAUGCUCUCCAUGAGCCUGAUAAACAACGAAGAAGAAAGGAGGAUCGACCUGGACCUCCUAGAAGAACGGAGGGAGAUGGCAGCAAUCAAUGAAGCCAAAUACAAAUCAAAGCUUGAAAAGUAUUACAACUCCCGAGUUCGGAUCUGCACCUUCAACCCAGGGGACUAUGUCUUAAGAGACAAUGAAGCGUCCAACGCAGAAAAACCGGGGAAACUGGCUCCUAAGUGGGAAGGCCCAUACAUCAUUGAUGAGGUGCUCGGGAAGGGAGCGUACAAGCUACGUACCAUGAACAACAAAGAGGUUCCACGAACCUGGAAUGCCCAACAGUUACGAAAAUGCUACAUAUAA